AACAGACGGGAUAAAUCACUCAGCGCUGACUCAUCUAUUGAUCUAUUUUCUCAGAACUGAAACAGUCACAGGAUGUUCAGGGUCUUACUGCUCCUGUUGGCUGUGGCUGGUCUCCAUGCAAGACCUCUGCAUCGAUUCCCAAAUGGUAGACUGAAACCAAUAGGGCCACACAUGGCCCAACACGAAGACAGAGACAACUCAGUUCUGAAGGACAUGAACACUGGCGUGAAACCCAAGAAGCAAAUAGCCGUUCCUGUUGAGUUACGCAGGCAGGGAACAGAACCUUCCCGACGAUUCCUGAUGGAUCUCAACACUGGGAUGCUCAAGGAGGAGGUCGGCGAAAUGAACAGAAGAGUUUCUGGCUUCUACAAUCCUCCAGCUUAUGGGAAGAGGCAGGGAACAGAACCCUCCAGACGCUUCCUGAUGGACAUGAACACUGGGAUGCUCAUACAUGGAGUUGGAGAAAUGAACAGAAGAGUUUCCGGCAUCUACAAUCCUCCAGCGUAUGAGAUGAGGAAGGGAACUCAGAACUCUCAGGCCACGCUUGUGGAUCCCAGAACUGGACAGAAGCUGCCGUCACUAUCAGAGCUUCAGAGGAGGACAGCGCCAUUGGAUGAGUUCAGACAAGGCACUGAACACCAGCCGCACAUCUUACAGGAGCUCAGAAAGCAUCACAUGAUGAAACCACAUGAGCACAGAGCGAUCCCUGCUGAUCCUUCCAGAAACGUCCUAAUGGACCUGAACACCGGUCUACUCAAAGAACACAGGAACGAGUUGGACGGGAGAGUAGCAGGCUCAGCCAAAUGGGAAGUGGUUUCUGGCCCUGAGCACGAGGACAUAAAAAGCCAAGACUCUUCUGAACGUAAGGAAAACCACGUAGCCGUUCCUGUUGAGUUACGCAGGCAGGGAACAGAACCUUCCAGACGCUUCCUGAUGGACAUGAACACUGGGAUGCUCAAGAAGGAAGUCAGCGAAAUGAACAGAAGAGUUUCAGGCUUCUACAAUCCUCCAGCUUAUGGGAAGAGGCAGGGAACAGAACCCUCCAGACGCUUCCUGAUGGACAUGAACACUGGGAUGCUCAUACAUGGAGUUGGAGAAAUGAACAGAAGAGUUUCCGGCUUCUACAAUCCUCCAGCGUAUGAGAUGAGGAAGGGAACUCAGAACUCUCAGGCCACGCUUGUGGAUCCCAGAACUGGACAGAAGCUGCCGUCACUAUCAGAGCUUCAGAGGAGGACAGCGCCAUUGGAUGAGUUUAGACAAGCCACUGUACACCAGCCGCACAUCCUACAUGAGCUCAGACUGACUGAGAUGCACAAACCAGGCUCUGAACCAUCCAGAAACCUCAAGAUGGACUUGAACACCGGUCUACUGAAAGAAAACCAUAAGAUGUCCAGAAGAUCACGCUCAGCCAAAUGGGAAGUGGUUUCUGGCCCUGAGCACGAGGACAUAAAAAGCCAAGACUCUUCUGAACGUAAGGAAAACCACGUAGCCGUUCCUGUUGAGUUACGCAGGCAGGGAACAGAACCUUCCAGACGCUUCCUGAUGGACAUGAACACUGGGAUGCUCAAGAAGGAAGUCAGCGAAAUGAACAGAAGAGUUUCAGGCUUCUACAAUCCUCCAGCUUAUGGGAAGAGGCAGGGAACAGAACCCUCCAGACGCUUCCUGAUGGACAUGAACACUGGGAUGCCUAUACAUGGAGUUGGAGAAAUGAACAGAAGAGUUUCCGGCUUCUACAAUCCUCCAGCGUAUGAGAUGAGGAAGGGAACUCAGAACUCUCAGGCCACGCUUGUGGAUCCCAGAACUGGACAGAAGCUGCCGUCACUAUCAGAGCUUCAGAGGAGGACAGCGCCAUUGGUUGAGCUCAGACAAGGCACUGAACGCCAGCUGCACAUCCAGGAGCUCAGAAAGCAUCAUAAUAAAACCAAAGUACAGCGCUUAGUCCGACGAACUCAUGUUUAGAAUCGAUGGGAGCGUUUGACUGUUUGUACCCUAUGACUGCAUGAAGACCAUCUCUGGAUCUAUGCAUCUGAAGUGCAUAAGAAGCCAAUCUCAGUUUUACUAAAGCUGUUGUCCAUCAUAUUUGUAGGCUAACUGUCUAUCUAGUACAC